AUGGAAUUAAUUGCUGUAAAUUUUGCACGGACCCCAUUUUCUUUAUUUCAAAAACGUUGUGCGUCCGUGAUACAAAAAAUGUCAACUCCAUCUAAGUGGACUGUGGAAAAGAAUCGUAUUCUUAGUUUACCUAUCGAAGAAAAAAGGAAGUUGUAUAAGUCAGGAGACUUCGUUACUUUAAAUCAAAUAGAUCCAUGGUGCAAUUACGUAGUCAGGAAUAAAGAGAUCGAAACCAAGAAGCAUAACCUGGAAGACCUCAACGAAUUUCGAAAGAUAAAGUUGGACCAAGAAAAAAACAAACUUUUGGCUGAAAAGGUUUCUGUAUACCGUGGAGAUAUAACUAAGCUUGAGAUAGAUGCCAUAGUGAAUGCAGCAAAUUCUCGCCUUAAAGCGGGGGGUGGAGUUGAUGGGGCCAUUCAUAGAGCUGCAGGAUCAUUGCUCCAGGAUGAAUGCAAUUCAAUUGGAGGUUGUCCAACUGGUGAUGCUUGUAUAACAGGUGGAUAUAAUCUACCGGCAAAAUAUAUCAUUCACACUGUGGGACCGCAAGAUGGAUCAGCUCCAAAACUUCUGUCUUGCUAUGAAAAAUGUCUUUCAUUUCAAAGUCAGUAUCGUCUAAAAUCCAUAGCUUUUCCAUGUAUUUCAACUGGAAUCUAUGGCUUCCCUAAUCGCCUUGCUGCUCAUAUAGCUCUUCGUACUGCAAGGACCUUCUUGGAAAAUAAUGAAGAACUUCAAAGAAUUAUAUUUUGUACUUUCAUGCCAAUUGAUGUUGAGAUUUAUGAAACACUCAUGCAGAUGUACUUUCCUCUGCAUGAAUGGAAUUACAAUGAUGGAGCUGCUGUUUCAGAAUAA